AUGGGAUUCGUCAAAACCGACAACUCUUUAACAUGCCGCCGUCGCCACGUCAAAUGUGACGAAGCCAAGCCUACAUGCAAGGCCUGUUCGCGCAUCAACAAGACGUGCGCCUGGCCCGACGACGCGCCUUUGCCCUCCAGGCCAGACGAUGCCGUCGCAACAGGCACGCCGGAAUGCUCGACGACCUCCGAUGGUCCGCGCCCAGCAGCCAGUCCCCGGCACGACGCCGCAUCACCAGGCGGCUAUGCACCCACCGUCACACACCCAAGUCCGCCGCGGAACGCGACCGAGGAGUGGUCAGACGGCAGCGGCGUCGUGGGCGCCCGCGUCUCCGAAGCGCCCGCACCAAGUCGCACCGAGGCCCGCCGCCGCCCAGCGACGCGCAGUCAUCCGUGGCCGCCCUCUGCGCACGAACAAGGCUCCGACACGGCAAGGGAGUACAUUCUCUCGCCCAGCUCCCUGCAGUCCGCGCCGCAGACGCUGGGCGCGUCGCCCCAUCUGGACUGGCUCGGACCAGCCGUGCCCGGCGACUGGAUGCCGUCCGCCGCGCUCGACGCCGGUGGUGCGUCGCAGAGCUUCUUCAACGUCGACGACGCGACCGCCGCGUGGGCCAGCCUGCUGAUCCACGAUGCCUCGUCGCGGAUCGAGGCAGGCCCGGGUCUCGGCGCGCUGGGGCCGUUGCCGCCGCGAGACUGCGAGCAACAGCAAGAGGAUGAUACCCUUGUCGCGCAACGACCGUCUGUGCAGGAGGCGGCUCUGAGCACGCUUGAUUCUGGGAUUGCGUACGAGCAGGACAAGCCUUGGCAGUCGUCGGUGCCGUUGAAGCUGGAGAAGCACGAGUACCUGCUCUUCCAAGACUUUGUGCAGAACUUGAGUCUUUGGAUGGACUUUUUCGACCCCACGAGGCCGUUUGGUACAAUUGUUCCCCAUUUAGCUAUGCGCAACGUCGGCCUCAUGAAUGCCAUCUUGGCCCUUUCCAUCCGACACCUAUCUCUCAACGUGCGGUUCCAGCCCAAAGACAGCGUGCCGCAGGACCCUCUCGACGCGCUGCCGUUCUACUUCCUGACGCUGCGCUACAUCCGGUCCGCCAUGCAGCACGACUCGUACCGGAGCAGCCUGGAGCUGCUCGCGACGGCGUCCAUCGUGUCGGCGUACGAGAUGCUCGACGGCUCGCGGCCCGACUGGGAGCGCCACCUGCGCGGCCUCUCGUGCAUCCAGCACGCCCAGCGCAUCCACGGCGCCUCGGGCGGCCUGCGCCAGGCCGUCUGGUGGACGUGGCUCUGCCAGGACGUCUGGGCCGCCUGGCGCGAGCGCCGCAAGCCCCUCACCACCUGGCGCCCGCACACCCCGCCGCCCGAGCUCGACAGCUUCGCGCUCGCCGCCCGCGCCGUCUACCUCUUUGGACAGGCCGUCGGCUUCUGCGCACAGGACGAGGUCGCGCGAGGCCGCAGGGAUCCGGAGGCCCGACUGGCCACCGCGCAGAGCCUCCGGCUGGCGCUGGAUAGAUGGCGCAAGAGCUUGCCGCCGGACUUUGACCCUCUCCCGCUGGAUAGCGCAGAUGAAGAAAGCGUGUUUGAGCCCAUCUGGAUACACCCUCCCAACUUUGGUGAGUUUGACUGA